GAUGUAAAUGAUAACUCACCCCAGAUACUCUAUGGACCAUAUGUGGCCAAUGUUCCUACUGAGGUGGCCAAAGGAUCAGUAGUGUGUGCAGUGAUGGCCAAGGAUGCAGAUGAAGGAAAGAAUGGACAGCUGAAUUUCUCUCUAUAUGGACAACAUGCCCAUCUCUUUAUGAUCAGUUCUGACAGAGGAACCGUGUUCACCAUGGAGGCCCUCAAAAGAACAAGAGACAUUACAGUCAAUGUUCAUGUACAGGAUAGAGGCGCCAAUCCUAAAAUGGACACCACCACCUUGACUGUGCGAUUUCAAAAUGCUUCAGAUUUUCCCAAUAUUGUAGUGCAUGUCAAUCAGCAUUUGCUCUCUGAGGACACACUUCCUGGAACCAUGGUGGCAGUAGCUACAGCAGACACACGUAGAUUUGGACCUAUAUCUUUUUACUUGGCAAGUGGAAACAUUGGAGAAGUAUUUGAGCUGCAUGAGAAGACUGGAAAGAUGAAGGUUAAAGGAUCUUUGGAUUUUGAAAGCAACAAAGAUUUCCAUCUUUUAGUUGAGGCUAGAGACUCAGGAGUCCCGCCAUUUUCCACUUAUGCUGAAAUUUAUUUGAAUGUCAGUGAUGUGAAUGAUAACCCACCUGUCUUCAUGAAGGAAGAGUAUAGGUGCGAGGUGUUUGAGAACUUACCCGUGGGUUGGGUAUGUGAUGUGACAGCUACUGAUGCUGACUCUCAUGCAUAUGGACAAGUACAAUAUACCAUUUUGUCUGGUAACAUAGAUGGUGCAUUUACAAUAGAUAAAACUAAUGGCGUUCUUAGAACAAAAAGGAGUUUAGACAGAGAGAACAUACCACAGUACAAACUCAUUAUUAAAGCUGUAGAUAAAGAUGACAGUAGGUACACUUCUACUGCAGUAGUAAAUAUAGUUGUUCUGGACACAAAUGACCAUGCACCUCGUUUCUCUGAGAUCUUCUUUAUAGAGGUUUCUGAGGAUGCAUUAAUUGGCUUUCCGGUGAUUCAUGUAACAGCCAUGGAUGAAGAUAUUGGUGUUAAUGCUAUCAUUUCUUAUUCUAUUGAAGACCAAACAGAGCAAAUACCUUUCAGUAUUGAUAGAAGUAGUGGAACAAUAAUUGUGGUGGGGCCUUUGGAUAGAGAACACCAAGACCAUUAUAUUGUGAGAGUUAAUGCCAACGAUUCAGCUUGGAGUAUCAGUACAGAUGUCACCAUAGUCAUCACAGAUAUAAAUGACAAUAUUCCAUAUUUUCAUCAGUCCAGGUACUUUGUAACCAUCCCUGAGACUAGAGACCAGGACAUUUUCCUAUUAAAAGUCACUGCUGUGGACAGGGACCUUGGAGAAAAUGCCCAAAUUAUGUACUUUAUAGAACCACCAAGUGAGAAGUUCUUUGUUAACAUAUCCACUGGAGAGGUUUCUACAAAACAAUUGAUUAUCCUCAGUGAACAUGAAUCUCAAAGCUUUAAUUUUACUGUUGUAGCUGUAGAUUGUGGCAAUGUACCUUUGAGCAGCUCAGUCAUGGUAACAGUAAUUUUUGUUCAGUAUAAUUAUUUUCCACCCUCUUUUUUGCCCCUUAUGCCAAAUUUGUCAGUUCCUUUUACCUUGCCUAUGGGAACAGAGGUUCUCCAGUUAACAGCCAUAGAUCCAGACUUUCCAAAAAAGGACAAUAGUGUUGAGUACAUUAUCAGUGGAGGAAAUGCGUCAAAUUAUUUUGAGGUGGAACAUUUUACUGGGAAAGUACGUCUGAAUAGAAAAUUCAGGCAAAGUUUCAGCACUUUCCUCAAUCUUGUAGUUACAGCUACAGACAGAGGCUACCCUCCUCUUUCUUCCCAAAUUGACAUCAAGUUGGAAGUAACACAGGAAAAUCUGUUCACUCCACAGUUUUCAGAAAAUCACAUUGCAUUUUCUGUUCCUGAAAACCUCCCUUUGGGGUCGGUCAUUGGGAAAAUUCAGGCACAAGAUCAAGAUGCUGGGUUGAGUGGAUUGGUGUCUUACUCAAUUGAAGGCGGGAAUAAGGAUGGACUGUUUUAUGUGGAGCACCUUUCAGGACUGAUCAAGCUAGCUAAACCCCUUGACUUUGAGAAGGUAGAAAUUCAUCACAUUCUUAUCAUUGGCAAAGAUGGAGCCUGGUUCUCUAAGACUGGGAGAAUCAAUGUCACCAUAAAUGUAACAGACAUUAAUGAUAAUCCACCAGUCUUCACUUUUACUGAGUACAUGACUUCUGUCGCAGAAAACAGUUUAAUAGGAUCUUCAGUGAUUCAGGUCAUCGCCACUGAUAAAGAUUCUGGAAGUAAUGCACACGUAACAUAUUCACUAAUAUCAGGGCAUACAGUUUACUUCUCUUUGGAUUCCAUAAAUGGCACUAUAACCACUCUGGAGAUGUUUGACUUUGAGCAACACCAGAGUUUUGAACUUACUGUCAAGGCCUCUAACUUAGAUAAUCAAAAUUUAUAUGAUAUAGCUCAUGUUACCAUUCAGGUGAUAGAUGUCAAUGAAUAUAUACCAAGUUUCCAGAGACAUCUUUAUAAUUUCUCUGUACCUGAAACCGUUCCUUUGCAAACAGAGAUUGGAAGCGUUGUGGCUAUAGAUUAUGACUUGGGGUUUAAUGGUGAGAUUCAUUACUUACUUUUUGGUCAAAGUAAAAAAGCUGGCUUUGUAGUUCAUGAAAGGAGUGGAAAAAUAUACACCUCCAAAGACAUGAGAAAUCAAGGACAGAAUCAUGCUGCUCUUCACAUAAUCGCUAAAAACAGAGGGAGCAUUACUGGCUUCAACGUUGAUGAGGCCCUUGUUCACAUACAUAUAAUUGAUGAAAACGAUCCUCCAGAGUUUGGUUCUGCUCUCUACACUGUAAUGGUACGUGAGGAUACUUCAGUUGGGACCUCUAUAGCUAAAGUAACUGCCUCAGAUCAAGAUGUGGUACUGAAAUGGGGCAGGUUCUCCUAUGGCAUAGAGAGUGGAAAUGUUAACAACUCCUUCAGUAUUGAUCCUGUCAAUGGAAUUCUUACCGUAAACAAUGAGCUGGACAGAGAGUUGUGGCCUUUUUAUAACCUCACAGUUAUUGCUAUUGAUGAAGGCUUACCUCCUGUAACAGGCAGCACAUCUGUAGUUAUUACCAUUAUUGACAUCAAUGAUAAUGCCCCUAGACUUACAUCUACAGAUGGAUUUGUUAGGGAAAAUCAGCCACAUGGCACAUUAGUGGCUACGCUGACAGCCAGUGAUGCUGAUCUCCCUCCAAAUCAAGGUCCUUUCACAUACUGGUUGAUAAGGCCUGCCUUGAGAAACAGUUUUACACUCACAUCUGAUGGAGUUCUCUUCACUUCAAGACCACUGGAUCGUGAAGUCAGUCCUUUUUUUGAUAUACAUGUGGUAAUCCAGGAUGCAGGCUCACCUCCUUUGUCAUCAACCAUCAUGUUUCAUGUUAAAGUUCUAGAUGAAAAUGACAAUCCACCAGUACAAAGAACCAUCAAUAUUUUUGUCAAAUAUUAUGGAACGUUUUUCCAUGGAGGACUGAUUGGUAAUGUGAGACCAGAUGAUUUGGAUGAAUUAGAUGUAUUUAAUUGUACUAUUAUAAAUGGACAGAUGAAGAUGUUUAGUUUUCCUUUUGGGAUGUGUGACUUGUGGUCCUCGCCAUUUCAAGGAGAGGCGACGCACAAUAUCACUGUGGAAGCAAGCGACCACUUCCACCCACCAGUGAACAAUAGCAUCUAUGUUAAUUAUAAAGGCUUUACCAAUUUGUCAUUGGACAAUUGCGUCUUGUUCUAUGUAUUUUUUUCCAAUCUUGAGAACUUUUUAUCACUGAACUACCUUAAGUUUGCAAAAGCUCUGGAUAGCCUCUUUAAUCUACAAGCAUCUAAGAGUCAUGUAUUUGGAAUGAGGAUACAAGGCAAUGAAACAGUUCUUCUUGCAGUAAUGAAAAGUUAUAAUGGACUGUAUCUGAGUGGAAUAGUGGCAAGUGGCAUCUCACGCAUGCAUAAGAAAUUACUUGAGGUACAGAGCAAUGUGACUAUAUCUCAAAUAACCAGUGAUCCUUGCUCACUCAAGCCAUGCCAAAAUGGUGCCACCUGUAACAAAAAUAUCCACAUCACUCAAGACAUUGCUGUUUUAGAGAGUCCUCGUCUCAUAUUUGUGUCUCCCCAGUAUGCAGAGGUUUUUAACUGUACAUGCCCUGCUGGCUUUACGGGAACUAGGUGUGAGUACGAUAUAGAUGAAUGCUUGGAAAAACCUUGUGAAAAUGGAGGAAGCUGCUUUAACAACCCUGGAGGAUUUCUAUGCCAUUGCUCAGAGGGCUUCUCUGGACUGCGUUGUUCUAUUGCUGAUAAUGAGUGCCAGAGAGUAGUGUGUUCAAAUGGUGGGACAUGCUGGAACAUACAAGGAGGAUUCUUCUGUGACUGCAGACCUGGAUAUGAAGGGCGAUUUUGUGACUACAUCAUAGACCAUUGUGCAUCAUCCCCUUGCCUCCAUGGCCAAUGCUCAAAUUUUUUAACAGGGUAUGCUUGUCACUGUUCAUUUGGUGUCAGUGGAGUUAACUGUGAAGAGCACAGUUAUGGCUUUGAGGAGUUGUCCUAUUUGGAAUUCCCCCCUUUAAAUCCCAGAUACAAUUUUAUCUCUCUGGAAUUUGCAACUGUGAAACAGAACUCUUUGCUUUUGUACAAUCCGGGAGAGCUCUCAACUUCAGAGUUUCUUGCACUCGAAAUUGUGAAUGGAAGGCUACGCCUCUCUUUUGAUCUUGGGUCAGGUUUUCCACAAUGUCACUGUUAG